UGCUGAAGUCGUAUAUGUCUUUCCUUUUGGUUUCUUUAGUUGUUCUUUUGCAUUAAAGCAGCUUUUUUUUCAAUGUUUUCUGAUGAUAAUUCAACGUAUAUUUACUCAUUAAUUUAAUCUUUCUGGAAUGCUACUCUGUUUUCCAUGAAAUUGGAGUUCUUGGUUUUUUCUCUUCCUUUUUCCCCUUGAGAAGGCUUCCUUAUCUGGUAUAAGCAUGCCGUUGCUUUGUAUUUGUAUACUUCAAUUGAAUGUUACCUUGAAAAUCUUUGUUUAAUCAAACUUCUGUUAAGUAAAAUAAUCUUGGGUUCGUUUCAUUGAAUUAUUCUUUGGAGUUAAACUGAAGGAAUAAGAAGAUACAAAUGUAAAUUAGAUGCAUUUAUGCUUCCUUCAUGCAUGAUUUUUCUUUUUUCUUUUUUCCCAUAAAUUGGGCCCACAAAAGAACACUCAUUAGUUUAAUCACUCACAGAAAUGAUCACUGUGGUUUUUCCAUAUUCAUUUUUAUUAGUACUUGUUUUACUUGGAGCUUUUUCCUCCGUCCAGUUGAUUUUUGUGCUUGACGUGAUUAAUCAAAUGAUGGUAUUGGUUUGUAUGUUUGUGUCUAUGACGUAUUGCUGGUGUGUAGACUUAUUCUUAUUCCAUGCAUUAUUUAUUUAUGUUUGUAUUUUUUCAAAUUUUUAAUAUAAGUAGGUUACAGGGUUUUUCAUUGAUUCUUGCAAAUGUUUUCUGUUUGUAAGCUUAAGUUAUUUUAAUUAUGGUUUUAUUGUUUUUAAUUAUGUUGUUGUGAUUACAUUAAUGAAUGGUAUGUUUAUAAAAUUAUAUGUCUACUGGUAUAUGAAUGGAUGAUUAUCCGCUGACCAAGGAAGUGUAUGUUUUUGGGUUUAUCAUAUUCAAACAAUGCAAUGAUAAAAUUUUAUUUUUUUAAAGGUGUGUUCUGAGAAUGAGAAUAAGCUCAUAUCUAUGCUCAAAUUGGAUGUAUUCUACCUUAGAUGAUUAUCCGACCAAAAUAAGCUUUAUUGAUGGUCAACUGCGGUAUCAAAUUUCCUCUUUGCUCUCACCACAAGAGUGGUCUUUUGCCAUUUAUAUAUGUCUGGAUGCUUUUAUUCAGUGUCCAAAGGCAAAGGGAACAAUCACCCUUUUCAAGAAGGCCUCAAGCAUUCCUAUAUUCUAGUUUUGGGCUUUUUUUUUUGCCUUUUAAUUUCUUUUGGUUUGAAUAAAAACUGGCUGAAGCAUGUGAGUAACCUAAUAAACUUAGAUUAGAGGUUUUGUCUUCCUCUUUUUUGACUGAAACCUUCCUGUAUGGGCCUUGAUUGUUUUAGUUUUGCUCUUGCAUUUUGUUUUGUUAAAACUUGACUAAGCUGAAAGUUGAUGGAAAAUACGGAAGAAAGUUUGAAUCAUUGAUUUAAUUUUGCUUAUAUGGAUGAUUUCAUGUCACAUUAGUAACAUAUCCAUGAUUCCAUAGUUGACAAUGGUCGAUUAGAUGAUCUUUUAUUAUUGCAUUGAAUAUUUUAUGGUAAUCAUGGUCUUUCAAUCAUGUUAACUUACUGUCUUGGAUAUCUUUGAUUAUCCUUUUCUUGACUGUUCAACUGGCUGAAUGAAUUCAGAUGGAUGAGAUUGCGAAUAUGCUUAUUGCUUGUUAUUAUUUCACUGUGUGAUUCUUUUUUUCUCUUUUUAACUAAUGAAGAAGGGAUAGAGAUUGGAAAGAUGAUGGAAAACAAAAGGAGCCCCUGCUCUGUUGACCAUAGCAGUUUCACUUCUUUGGCAUCCAAGCGGCAGAAGGCUGAUUUAUCUAUCUCCACAAAGGAUAGAAAGGAGAAGCUUGGUGAACGCAUUGUCGCUCUGCAGCAGCUUGUUUCACCGUAUGGAAAGACAGAUACAGCUUCUGUCCUCCUGGAGGCAAUGGAAUACAUCCAAUUUCUUCAUGAACAAGUUAAGGUGUUGAGUGCUCCAUAUCUCCAAACCACACCAACAAAUAAUAUGCAGGAUGUAGCGCAUUAUAGCCUGAGAACCCGAGGUUUAUGCCUUGUUCCAAUCUCUUGUACCGUUGGAGUUGCUCGCAGCAAUGGUGCCGAUAUUUGGGCUCCCAUCAAGACCACAUCUCCGAAAUUUGAUGGGGCCAUCUCACAAUUCAAUUAACAUUUUAUUUCACAGCAACUGGCAGGCUUUGAAAUUCACUAGAAUUGGUUUAGAAGGUAACCGACUUACUAUUGAACGCACGAAAAUUUCCCAGGCUGAUGCAACUUUGUAACAGAAAUUUAUAGUGAUGAUGCACUAAGAAAGGAUGGUGGUAGGCAAAGUUAUUAGUCUUUGAUUGCGAGAAUUUUUUAUCUAAAUGCAGUCCUGCACCUUUCUCGUUUUAAGCCGGUGCCGGGGGAACAAGCUGCAUUCAAGCUAUUCAAUUAUAAAAACUUCUUGCUCUCUCCUGAUCAUGUCAUGUAAAAUGUAUAUUGAUGAACAUGAGUUGAAUAACUACUUUAAAUUGUAUCUAUUAAUAUAGGUGGGGAAAUCCAUGGUUAAUAUAGCUGUCCUGUCUCUUUUUGAGGAAUCAUUAUGGGUUCAUACAUUAUUGCCUCGCUAAUUAAGACUUGUGCUCAAAGAAUGUGUGGGUUUCAAAUUGUUGCAAAUUUACUUUGGGAACCAAAUAGUAUGAUUAUCUUGGUCUUUUGCUUUAAUUUGGAGAAGAGUGAUUCGAGCUUUUUUUUUUUUUAGUUGGGGAACGGGGAUUAGAAUCUUGUUUUUGAGUAGAAAGAUCAUGCAUCAAUUACUGAGUCAAAUAAUGUUUGAAUGCAUAAUUUUGCUCUUUAAAUAAGGGAUCAUG